AUGUACAUCACACCCCUGCGCACCGCGAACCCCCUAAUCAUUCCCCCACCACGUCUCGACCAAUUCAUCAAAAACACAUUUGGGAAUUAUGAGCAAGUUCUCGGCUACCACUCCAGCAUCCUCUCUCGGCUCUCUGAAGCCCGGAAGAAGGAACAGCCCCUCCUCAAUAUCUCCUCCAUCUCCGCUCCUUAUCUCUAA